UUUUUAAUGACCUUGGCAUUUAGGAAUAGUUAACAAAUUCAAUACAAUAGAUGCGUUUUAGUUACCAAAAUUUAGUGUGUGCAGAUGAUUUCGCGGUUAAUUUUUCUAUAUGCUAAUAAUGAAAUAUAACGAAAAUCAAAUUACAAGAAUUAUAGUACAAUAACCAUAUCGUACAAAUAAGAGUAUGGAUCAUUUACAAAAAAUAACGAAAUUGAAAUUCGUAUAAUUAAACGAUUCCUUGGGAUGAAAAGGUUAUGGUUACGAUAGUGUGCGUCGUACAUUGGCAGAUUUGGCGAAAACCUAAGUAAACAGAACCGAAAAACAAUGAUUAUUAAAUUGUCAAAUGUAAUAAGCUGUUCGUCCGAACAUCCAUCAUAUCCUGUAUCUAAUCUCCUGAAACAUCAUUCGAACAGUUCAUGGAGAUGUGCCAAACCAGGAGAAAUGCUUAGCACUGUCAUUUUUCAAUUAGCAGAACCAUCUUGCAUUAUAGGCUUGGAUAUUGGUAAUUAUCGUAGUUGCGUUGUAAUUGUUACGGCUUCCACAUCAGCAGAGCCUGACAACUGGAUUCCCAUUGUAAACCACCAAUUUAUGACGCACGAGGAAGCUGUAAACAAUAAAUUUAGAGAUCAAGUACAGAUAUUCUCAAAGAAAGACCUAAAUCCUGAGACAUUAAAAAUAAAAUUUGACCGUGUCAAAGUGACUUGCAUGCAAUCGGCAAACUUGAAAGAAUUAUUUGGACUGUCAUUCAUUGAAUUCAAAACGGAGGUAGUAGUUGAUUUGGGAUUGGACGUUUUUGGAAGAUUUAAAUUAAAACAGCCAGAGGACAAUGCCAACAAAACAUCUCUAAGUGAUUUUAAAGAAAAGUAUCUCAAAAUGACUAAUGCUAAAAAAACAGAUUACAAAAGUGAAUUACUUACGAAAAUCAAAGAGACAGGUAUGAAUAAUUUUUCUAAACGUCAAGAAGAGAAUAAAGAACCAACGAAAAGACCAUUAUUAGAAAAGUUAGAAGCUGGAAAAGCGGAGGAAGUAUUUGGGCCUAAGAAAAAUUCCGCCAAUUUGACGUCGGUAUCUAAUAGUCAAAACAAAGAUGUAAAAGAUACAAGCAAAUUAAACGAUAAACCGGUAAUGCGAACACCAUUUGGAGAUAUCGUGCCUGCACCAUCGCCUAAAGCAAAUAAAAAGGACAUCGAACAAGAAAAUUCGCGACAUAGUACAAAUUCAAGAAAACGUUCCUUAAGCCCGGAAGAAAGUUCGUCAAAAGGGAACGUAAAUAAGAAAAAAGAAAAUUGUCCUCAGUGUCAAAACGAAGAAGAUAAAGUGUGUAAGAAUUGCGGACGAUUACCUGAACCGAAACUAAUGCCAAGGCCAGAAAGAGCUGCGAAAAAGAAAACUAUCGAAUCACAGAAACCGAAAAAAUUAUUUUCAAAACUUUUCGAAGAUAUUACGUUUUCGCUUAGCGGCUAUGUUAAUCCACAAAGAGACGAAAUUAGGAGAAAGGCUCUUCAAAUGGGCGCCAAGUACAUUGCUGAUCCUAAUACAACCAACAAAAAAUGCACUCAUCUAAUUUGUGCAUUUAAAAAUACGCCAAAGCAUCAACAAUUAAAGGGCCAUUCUAAAAUAGUUUCACAUACGUUCAUCGAGGAUUGUUUUAACGAAAAGACAAGAUUUUCUUGGAGACGCUACGCUUUGGAAAGUAAGGACAGAGCUGAACCGGAAAGCGAGGAAGAAAUUUUAGGUAGUUCGUCGCCCCCUCGAUCGUCCGAUGUAUUCGAGGAAGAUACCGAUUCUAAUUCUAGUUACUAAGUUGUUGCUUUUUACGAAUGUUGAUAUACGUAUGCGUCGAGUAAUCGGCGACAAAAGAUUUCGUCGAAUAUGUAC